UAGUGAGGCGCGCGAGCGAGGCAGGCGCAUUGCGUCCCAUGCACCCAGGCCACAAUAACACUCGCAGCUCAUAACCCGCUCGUUCACAGCUGCGACUACUACGCAGUUCCAGCCAAGGAUCCGCUGAUUCCAGUUUUGAAUUUUUUACAGUGAGCAAAAGAUUUGCUUGCGGAGACAAAAUGAACAAACUUUGCCGCCAAGUGAGCAUCGAGUCUCCGGGCGCGACCAUCAAGGAUUGCGUCUUCAGUUUCGAGGUGCCCGUCCCUGACGUGCCGCCCCGCGGGGCGCGCAUCAGGGUGGCGUGCGCCGGGGCCUGUUACCGGCUGCACCGCACGCCCUCGCUUUGCUCCGUUUCGUCCAACUCGUCGGACAAGUCGUUUGACCUGCCGCUGUACCAAAGUCCGGCCCACCAGGGCGUGAGGGACGCUGCCCUCUACCCGGGCUUUGAGGUGGCCGGCAUCAUUGAGUCGCUGGGCUCCGAGGCCACCGUCGACAGCCCGCUCAAGGUCGGAGACAGGGUCGUUAUCUUUCCCUACGAGGGAGUGCCUCAUGGAUAUGCCGAGUACAUCACGGUCCAAGAUCUGAAGUACCUGGUCAAGGUCCCAGACCGAGUCCCCCUCAGUGUGGCUGCCAUGCUGCCUACUGGAGCCCUACUUGCCAUGAACACAGUCAUCCACGCCAGGGAAUACACAGACCAACUUUUGAAAGAGCGAGGCGAAAAUGCCCGAGUGAAGAUUUUGGUCGUCGGCACUGGUGGUCUCGCCUUGUGGGCCUUGAGAAUUGUCAGCUACGAGUUCAAGGACAUUGAAAAUCAAAUGUGCAUUUCGGUCGCCACUCUCAGAGACGAGGGAUUCCAACUUGCCAAGGAAAACCACAGAGUGAACCUGGUUCAGUGGAAUGAGGAUGUGUAUGAGAAGCAACUCAUUGAGCGGACGAUUGACUCUUGCAAGGGCGAGGUCGAUAUCGUCAUUGACUUUGGUACUACCUCGAGGAGUCUGCACAGGUCCCUGCAAUGCCUGAACAAAGGUGGAGUUGUGUUCAUCAGUGCUGAGGUGGCUGAAAGGUUGAUGCCCAAAUUCAGCAAAAGGGCCGAAGAAAAGGAGCAAUGCAUCCGCCCAGUCGACAUGGGUUCGAUAGAACAACUCGAGGAACUGGUUGAGCUUGUUAGCAACGGAAAGAUCAUCCCACCUCCCCACUCAGUAUUCCCAGCAGAUCAGGCGACCGAAGUGAUUCAGAAACUGUGCCACUGCGAAAUCCCCGGCCGGGCGAUACUGCAGUUCUUUGCCGCCGACUAAAGUGCUGGCUUUGUGAAUAGGGUCGUAUUUAUAUUAUGAAUGUUUGUUGAUAUUUACCGAAGAAAGCACUUGAUCAUCGCCAGGAGAAAAAAUAUUAAAGUGUAAACUAUUUUUGUUUUAAUGGCUGUUGACCAGACAUCAUUGUAGAAUGUAAGAACUUUGUAUAUUUCACUUUAGGACAGACGGAAGAAGUUGCACUUUCAAAUUAACCAAAUAUUAUUCCAUGACAGCAGCCGUAAUUUAUUAUUCAAAAUAGGCCAAUCUGCAGAUCUCUGCGCAUUUCAGUGCACAAAUGACUUGAAAAAAUUGCAGGUUGGGCGAAUAGGAGGAAAAUUCAAUUUGGAACCACCUGCCGGUUUACAAUGUGUGCAAAGCAAAAUGCAUUUGAGAGAAAUUUAAUCUGCAAAGUGCAACUCGAUAAACAAAAUUUUGUUGAACAUUGAUUGACUGACCUUAUGUAAAAGUUGAGGAGAUGAAAGUUUUAACGACUAUGUAAAUUGUGACUAUGUUAAGUAAUCAUGCAAAAAGAAAAGUUAUAUACUUCAUUUUUGGCUGUGCUUGUAUAGCAAAUAGGCGUAUUAAUUAUCGUCAAAGUGAAGGUGUACCACAUUGAUGAAACUAGAAAGUAUUCACUAUUGUAAUAUCAUGGAAAGCACGGCCCUAAUUAUUGAAAAGUGGAAAGGAGCUUUUGUUUUUCUGGAAAGGGUUUAUUGCUCAAAGAGCCGUCAUUGAAAAUCGAUGGAAUUUUUGCUAAGGGUGUAUUGUGAAAUUUGGCGACUGUAUUUCCACUAACAUCUACCAAACAGGAAAAUAAUGUUAGAGUAACUAUUAUUGUUUUAUAUAUCGUAGCUAUUUUGUGAAGCAAAAAGAAGUUGAAGAUAAUGUUGGAGAAAAGUGCAAUAAAAGAGAACGAUAGAAAUAUA